AUGUUUCAAUCUCCUCAGACGAUUGAUGCUGGAAACCCUGAGAAUCUUCAAGGUCAGGCAUAUGCUCAGGAUGUUUCUCGACCAAUCAGUCAGGUCAUUGUUCCAAAUGCUAGUCCGGCUAGGCCAACAGACUAUCAGAUGCUAGAGGAUAGAAUCAAGGCUAUAGAGGGUUUCUCAGCUUUCGAUAUGGAUGCCAGAGACUUGUGUUUGGGGUUUCAAAUGUGGUGCUCCCUUAAAAAUUCAAGGGGUUCCUUGGACUUGUACAUGAGUUUGGAGCGUGCCAAAAUCAGGCCGUGGAGAGAUUUAUCUGAAGCAUUCCGAAAAAAGUAUAAGUAUAAUUUGGAUAUGGCUCUGACUAGAUUGCAUUUGCAGAAUCAAUCUCAAGAGUCCAGCGAAACAUUCAAAGAGUACGCUCAGAGGUGGCGUGAAAUGGCUUAUCGGGGGUUGUAUUUUGAGAAAAUGAUUGGUAGUUCCUCAUCCAAUUUUGCAUAUAUUGCGACUAUCGGGGAAAGAAUUGAGAAUGGGGUUAAAUCUGGAAAAAAUACGGGUACUGUUUCUCAGUCGGCUGUGAAUAAGAAACCACAAGGUAUCUUUAAGAAGAAGAAGGAAGGUGAGUAUCAGCAACCUCCUUUCCAGUAUCAACCGCAAAAUCAUAAUCAACAACCCGCACCGACUCAGCCUGCUCAAACUCAACAAAAUGCUUAUGAUAAUAGGGGUCAAGGUCAAGGCCAAAAUUAUCGAAAUAACUAUGGUAAACGUCCUCAGAUUGAUAAAAUCCUUGUACCGUAUGCUCAAUUGGUGCCUUAUCUAAUUCAUGUGGGGGAUCUUGUACCAAAGGAAAUUCCUCAGGCCAUCCCUCCUUAUCAUCCCAAGCAUUACCCUAACGCCUCUUGCGCCUACCACACUGGGUAUAUUGGACAUUCAACUAAAGAUUGUUGGUCUCUCAAGAAUAAAAUUCAAGAGCUGAUGAAUCAGAAGAUUCUGUCUUUUUCAGAAGAAAAACCUAAUGUAAAGACAAAUGCUCUUCCAAACCAUAACGGGUCAGCGGUCAACGCAGUGAUUGAUGAGGAUACUGCAAAAUCUGUCAGAAGGGUCAUUAAUGUAAAAACUCCAAUGUCCGUGGUUGUGAAAAAGCUUAAAGAGCAUAGGUUUCUGAAUGGUAUUCAUAAUAAUUCUGUUGUGUGUGAAUCAGAUUCUGAUUAUUGUGAUAUUUUAAAGGGUUGUGUUCAAAACUUGAUGAAUCAGGGGUUGGUACAGUUCUCAAGAUCAAGAGUGGUUGAAGAGAUUGAUGUUAUCGAACCAAUAACCAUAAUAUACAAAAAAAAGAAGAUCGAAGCUCCUCCCAAGAGGAUUCAGCCUAUCCAUAUUCGUGUCCCUGGAGGCAUGACUCGCAAUGGCCGUGUAUUCUCUCCAAAAUACACUUCUAGGGUGUCUCAAUCACCCAUAGUUGUCCCUCAUAAGGAGAAAGUUAUUCAUAUUCCUCCUUUGCAGGCAGAGGCAUUUGUACCCGCCACUCUAAUUGUGACGAUUGUUCCAGCUGUAACAAAGGUUAUUCCAGAUAAGAAUGCAAAAUCUGAAAUUUCCAAAGGAAAAUGGUUGAUAAAUGAAGAUGAGCAGGUUGAAGGUCACAAGAAAGGUAUCUUUGUUGAGGAAGGCCAAGAAUUCCUCAAAUUGAUCAAAAAGAGUGACUUCAAAAUUAUUGAUCGGAUAGGUCAAACUCCCUCCAAAAUCUCUAUAUUUUCUUUACUUCUGAGUUCUAAGGCUCACCGUAAGGCAUUGUUGAAAGUCCUGAAUGUUGCUCACGUGAUGCAGGACAUCAUAGUCGAUCAAUUUGACAACAUGGUUGCAAAUAUCACUGCCAUCAGGUUAAAAUUCAUGAUUGAUGACAAAUUGGUUAUAGUUUAUGGUGAAGAAGCCCUAUUGGUUAGUGAGCUUUCUUUGUUCAGAUACAUAGAGACAGAGGAAUGGGUUGCUGAAACUCCACUCCACUGUUUAGAAUUUGAAGAUAAAGGCCCGUUAGCUGGUUGGGGUCAGGUCGUAAAUGUGAUACAGAAGCACAACAGAUUCGGUAUUGGCUAUCGUCCAUCAGCUCGCAAAGCAAGCCCUAGGAAGCAGAAGUUCAAUCCUAUUAAGUUCAGCAGUGCGGGUUUCCAAGAUGAUCACACUGUGGCAGUUGUUGGAGAAUCUAGUGGCAACAAAUAG